GAAAAAUCGACGUCGAACCAAAGGCAAAGAGGGUAAUCGUUGUUGUGGUGGCGUUGCGCGCCGUGUUCGAUCGGGUGUUGGCAAGAAAACAUUUUGUGUGUAUAAGUGAGUAUUCCGGUUAUUCUUGUUCGUUUUUCAGCGAAAUGCAACCACCUCCUAGAAAAGGGAAUUAUGUUAAGUUUUUGAAAAACUUACACUCAGAACAAAUUGCUAAACUACAUUUAAAAAAUCAAAAUGAAUGCGAUUUAUUAGAAGAUAUAAGGAGUUUUUUGAUAAAAAAAUCAGCAAUAGAAAAAUCCUAUUCAGAUGCAUUACUGAAAAUAUCUGUAGCUUUUCUAAAUAAAAAAAUUGCUAACAUACCCGAUAUCAAGACUGAAGGUAGCGAAGAAAAAUGGAAUAUGUGGAAUGUUUGGCGAACAGUUCUAGAAGAAAAUGAAUCUGCUGCAAAAGCACGUCUAGAAGCCAUUGAAUUAUUACAAAACAAGAUAAAUGACGAAGCAAAGACAUUACGAUCACAUAAACUUCAAAUAGCUAAAAAGUGCACAGAUCAUUUAGCUCAAGUUCAAAAAGAAUUACAUUCUUCAGUUCAAGAUGUAGAUAAAACAAAAAAAUAUUACUUUGAUGAAGAACAGAAUGCCCAUGAAGUUAGAGACAAAGCUAAAGAUAUUGAAGAAAAGUUAAAAAAGAAAAAAGGUUCAUUUUUUCAGUCAAUUACAUCUUUACAGAAAAAUAGUGCAAAGGUGUCUUCCAGAAGAGAAGUUUUAGAAGAAAAAUCUUCAGGAGCAAGAAACGAUUACUUACUUAGUUUGGCCGGUGCUAACGCUCAUCAAACACGUUAUUUUUUAGUAGAUCUUCAAAAUGUAAUGAAUACAAUGGAAAAUAAUGUUUAUGAAAAAGUUCAAGAAUACUUGUCAUUACUAAGUAAAAUCGAGCUUAUUACGUGCACAGUUGUUCAUAACUCAUUUAAAAAAGUUAAAGAUCAAGCUCAACAAUUAAGUCGAGAAUACAAUAUGCAAUGUGUAUACCUAUUCUAUCCAGUUUUAAAACAACACGUUCAAUAUCUAUUUGAACCUUGUGAUGGUGAUAGUAUAGACCAUAUAACGGCAGAUCAUGAAGCAGUAGUUACAAUCCUUAGCCAAGAAGCAAAGAGAUGGGCUACAAGAAUUUUAAGAGAAACUAAUAACAUUAAAGAGAAUGUAAAAAAGUUACAAGUCUUCCAAGCGCUUAGAGAUUCUGGUCAAAAGAAUGAUCCAAAUGAUCCAAAUGGGCCCGAUUUAGAAACAAAAAUUGAAACGUUAAAAAAUAGUAUUCGCAGAUCUGAAAUAGCUAAAGUGAAAGCAGAAGCACGUAUAGAAUGUUUAAAAAAUGGGGAUGGAAAUGUGAACGUUGAAGAAUGGCUAGCAGAUAUUGGAGAUUUAAGUAUUGAACUUCAGAGGUCAAGUAGCACGUCUUCUAUAACUGUUGAAGGUAGUGCUACAAAUGCAAUGACAUCUGACUAUGAUAGUGAAGAUUACGGUGAUGGCCCAUCUGAAAGCCCCGUACCAAUGGAACGACAUCAGUCGUCAUCUCAAGAUGAAGAAGAAAGGCCAGAUUCAGCAGGAAUUGAUAAAGAUUGGGCACUUGUUGAACGAGAACGUCAACGUAUAGAACAAUUAACUGCUGGUUGGGAUGAUCCGACUCAAGUAAACUGGGAAGAAACUGGCGAUUCUGAUGAUAAAUCCACUUAUCCUCAACAUACUCAAGAGCCAGAAGGACCCGUUUAUAAAUGUACAGCUUUGUAUAGUUAUUCAGCUCAACAUCCAGAUGAAUUGACUAUUGUAGAAAAUGAGCAACUUGAAGUAUUUAGUGUAGAUAGUGAUAGUUACGGUUGGUCUAAAGCCAGAAACUAUAAAGGAGAAGUAGGAUAUGUUCCUUCUAAUUACUUGGAUAUUGAACAAGAAACAUGUGAUCCAGACAACCAUGAUGCUCCAACAAAUUAUCAACUAAGAUCACAAAUAAGCUUUUCAUCGGUGGACUACAUGGUAAAUGAUGCACCUUUAAUUCAGCAACUACAAAAUCAAUCUGAUGAAGAAAACGAAGCAGAAGAACAAUCUUCAGAAAAAAGUAUUACGACCGUUUGGGAAAAAAAAGGAGGUAUUACAGAUACUCCUUCAUAUUGCAUUGCAUUAUUUGAUUAUGAUGGUAAUGACCCCGAAGAAUUGGGAAUGAAAGAAGGACAAAUUAUAAAAGUUAUUGAUAAAACCACUCAUAUUGAUGAUGGCUGGUGGGUUGGUGAAUUAGGUAGUAACAUGGGACACUUUCCAUCAUGUUUAGUGAAAGAAUGUUAUCAUAAUGGUGAACUUGUACCUACACCAACUUCUGAAAAUGGUGACAGUGAUUUUUCCAAUGAUGAUCAUCCAGAAUUUGUUACGAAUGCUCCACCUCCACCACCCCCUCCGGCAGUCACUCCACCUGAGUUAACUUCCUCGCGUUUGUUACCCACACAUGUUAUUGUAACACAACCGACACCAAUUGGCGAACAUGGUCCAGAAGAUAUAAGUGCUGGAGUUGAAGUAUCCAACACUAACAAUGAUUUUUCUAUGGAAUUAACUCAACAUCAGCAAGAACAGUAUGAUACACAAUUUGCAGGAAAUUCAAUAGAAAAUUCUGACAAAAACGCGAUAACCAUGGUUCCACAAUUAUGUAUUCACAAUGAUGAUAAUGAUGACCAUACAGGCCCUCCAAAUGUACCUCCCCCGCCAGCACCUGCGACAGAUGGUCUAGGAGUUGCACAAAUUGUCAUUACUGCUGCUACUCCAGUAGUUGAGGAGCCUGAAAAACCUUUUGGUCAAGAAUCUUCUGACGCAGAAACGAAAUCUGAGAUAGAAUCACAGCAGGAGCCUGAAGAAGAACAUCAUAUGAGUGUUGAUAGUGAUUAUUUUCCUGCAACAAUACCUGAAGAAUCAGAGGAUGAACUCAAACUACUUGAAUCUGACGAAGCUAAUGAUAUUGUCUUACCACCACUGCCCGAACUUGAGCCAGACCAGUUAGCUAAACUACACAAAUUAAAAGAAUCUAAUGCAUGAAUUUAUUGAGCAUUAUUUCUUUAAAAAUUAUUUGAAUUGGUAAACAAAAAAGACUUUGCAGCAUAGGUAAUGAUGUAAUAUUAUAAUAAAUAAUAACAUCAAUAAAUAAUUUAAUGAUUAAUAUUUGAUAUUGUCAUUUCACACAAAUUUGUUAUAAUAGUAUUUUAUUUAGGUUGUAUUUAAAACGAUAUAUUCAGGGUUUAAAUAUUAGUAUUUUAAAAAUUAAAAUUAUUAACUAUUAAAUUUUAAAAUAUUUGAAAACAAAUUGAAUAUUAUUUUGCAAAAAAUACAAAAAACUGAUAUCUAUCAAAAAUGUCAUAUAAAAAAUAUUUUAUUUAGUUAAUAUUAACAUUCAUUAGUAACCCAAAUCGACAUUAUUGUAAAUAAAUAAUUCGAUUUAAGAGUCAAUUUGUUGUAUUAUUUUCAAUGUUAUUACUUGUAUAGAAUUGAACUAAUUAAAUACUUAAACAAAAUUAAUUCAGUGAUAGCCUGUACUAUGAUUUGUAGAAGUGAACAUAUAUUUGAUUCGUAUUUAGAUAAAUUUUAUUAUUAAGUUACAAUUAGAGAGGUAAUUUACCUGUAAGUAUUAUUUCCGAUUAAAUUAUUUCUAAACACAUGAUGUCCAACAAAACUAAGUUUUCAUUUUAUUUAUAGCAUAUGUAAACGAUUUUAUUUAGAGAUGUUUAUAUAUUAUUUCAGGUUUACUAAGUUCUAAAAUAAAAGAUAUCUUUAUGAUACUGUUAAAAUAUAUAAAAAAUUCAUAGAAAUGUGUGCUUAUGAAAAUGUUCAAACAAAAUUUAUACAUAAUAAUUGAGGUAUUGACAAUGAUUAUAAGGUAAGUGUUAAAAAUUCCGAAAUUGCGUUUUUUAUUUUUAUAAAUAUUAUGAUUGUCCCUAUUACAGUAGUAUAGAAGAGAUAAGUUUCUAUUCCGGUUGUUACUAUUUUUUUAUAUUUAAUAAUAAAGUAAUUUUUUAAAUACAAUUUUUGAGCUUUAAAACAUUUAAAAAAUGUAAAAUUUAAUUGUUGGUAGAUCUUUUUAAAUGUCAAUACCUCAAUUAUUAAAAUUCUAUUACUAUACUUCAUAAAAUUGUUAUUUUAAAUAACAAAAAUUGAUCAAUUGAAAAAACUGACUAUAAGUAAAUGUUAAAUUUGUAAGUGAUAAUGCUGUUAUUGCAAAACGCUUCGAUAUGGAAUAUUUGUAUAAAUGUAUUUUUUUUAUGGUAAAAGUUUUUGUUAUCAACUAAUUUUUAUAAUCUUCUUUUAAAUUUUCAUAAGAUUAAUUAACUAUGGAAUACAAAAUUAUGAAAAAAAUAUUGAGCACACAUAAACACAAAUGACAUAUACAAAAAUAAUGUUUUAAUCUAAAAGAAUGAAAAAUAUAUAUGAAAAGUUUAAUUGUAUAAAGGUAUUAAACAAUUUUUUCGAAAAUUAAUUUUAUUUUGUAAACAAAGUAAUAAUAUAUCAUAUAAUAUUAAGUAAUAAUAUUAUAUAUAUAUAUAUAAAAUAUAAUAUUAUUGCUUAUAAGUAAUAAUUUUGAGAUACGCUUAAUACACGGUCACCUCGUCUCUUUCUUAAGCUGCCUUAUUUCAAAGCGAGCCCAGUCUGAUUAGAGUACACCCGCUCUAUCUAAUAAGGGUGCAAAAUCUAUCUACUGAAAGGCGGUCGACUAAUCUCUCCGGUUUCUGACGUUUUAUGUGCCUAUACGCGUUCUGAUAUUUCCUCUUUGACCAAAAAUUUUCUUUUAAAGUCUUUUCAACUCCUUAUAACGUUAUUAGCUGAAAAUAAAAUUUGUUUUUUUUUUUUAUUUUUAUUUACUUGUCAAUGAGAUUUUAAACAUACGGAAUAUUUAUAGUGUUACCGUAUUGAUAUUUUUAUUAAUAUUCACAUAUUAAAUAUUGAACUGGCCAGUACCAUUAUAAUUAGUGUUAAACUUUACAUUAAUACCGAUUUAUAGACAUUAGGAUCUAUCCAUGUCAAUAUAAAUUUGAGAAAAAUAUCAAACCGAUUACUUCAUAUUUUCAAACUUACUUUUUUACUUAAAAUAUUAUUUUAAUAUUAUUUCUACUAAAUUUUUAAUGCUAUUUUAAUAGUACUAUUCAAUUAUUUAAAGCACUUAAAUAUUCUAUUUUUAAUGAAGCAAUAAAUUACAAAAUAAAUAAAUAUCUACUUAUGUAUAUUUAGUGUAGUGAUUUGUACAUAUAUUUUUAAUUAAUUUUUAAAUCAUAUACAUAUAACUAUUUGUAAAGUUAUGAUAUUUUAAAAAAAAAUUUUAAACACUUAGUUGCAAAGUAAGAAUCUAAUGUCAAUACGUUGAAAUUUUAACUUUUAUAAAUGUAAAAGCUAACUAAAAUUUUAAUUGUUGUUAUAACAAAAUUAUAGUCUAAAAUGGUUGUUAAUUGAUUCGUUUGCUUGAUUUUAUAUUUAUUUGUUUUUUUAUUAAAAUAACAUUCUUUUCCGGAUGAUCUUUUUAUCGUAUCCGGAUGAUCCGGAUACGUUAUCUUUUUUCAAAAAGAGUGCCUUUUUGUGUAAGUAGUUGUAUGCUGAUUAGAAUUUUAUUUUAUUA